AUGUCCAGUGAGAGUGUGCGAUGUGAACAGUUCCAAGCCCAACCUUGUGCUCCACCUCAGAACAUGGACAUGGUUUCCCCAUGUGCCUCAGAACACCAGUGUAGCAAUGAAGGAAAAUGGCAGAGACAGCAGAGACCGUCUGUACUGCGUCAAGUUUUCCAAACACCUUCCAGGCAAAAAAAUGUAAGUAAUGCAACCUUCUCUAUUUGCGAGGAAGAGGUGGAUGGAUGGUGUUUUCCCCAGUCCCCUUCACCACCAAGGGCUUCCUUUCUCAGGCAAAACCAUCACAAGAUCCCUUUGACGACAGAUGGUCCAACACAGAGCUCCAUCGAGGCCAGAAUUCAUGAUGGCAUCUCUGAGGGGGCCAGUGCUCUGUUUGUGAGUGGCCUAUGUCGCUGGCCCGGCUGUGAGGCUUUGUCUAACGAUUUUCCGAGCUUCUUAAAGCAUCUCCAUUCUGAACACAGUCAUGGUGACAGAAGUAUUGCUCAGUGCAGGGUCCAGGAGGAUAUUGUGCAGUGCAUGGAGAGUCAGCUCAUCCUGGAAAAACAGAAACUAUUUGCAAUGCAACUUCAUCUACACCUCUCUGACCUCAAACACACUGGCUUGAGGACAGAUUCUGAGUGGCCACACAGCCUUCCUCUGUUCCUCCCACAGCCUCACGUGGCAGAUGGAGACAGGAGAGGGCAACAGUGGUGCAUGAAACAGCUGGGGGAGUUACCCCAGCAUAUCUACAGAACUACUGCUUCUGCCAGCCUGCUGCCAGAUUUGGUCCCCAGCAUUGAAUAUUACAAAUACAAAAACAUCAGGCCUCCAUACACCUAUGCCUUCUUGAUAAGAUUGUCCAUCGUGGAGUCUCUAGAAAAACAGCUCACACUCAAUGAGAUUUACAACUGGUUUACCACAAUGUUCUUCUACUUCAGACACAACACUGCUACCUGGAAGAAUGCUGUGCGUCACAACCUCAGCCUACACAAGUGUUUUGUACGAGUGGAGGGAGGAAAGGGGGCUGUGUGGACAGUCGAUGAAACCGAGUACCAGAGAAGGAGGGGACAGAAGUAUCACAGGGACUGUCCUGUCAAGUGGCUCACAUCCUUCUCCCAUUAUUGUCCAGUGGACCCCUGAAGACCAGCAGAUGGCAGCACAAUGCUGCUGUGUAAUCA